UCGUCACUAAAGUUAAGGUUGGGGUUCAAACCCUCCCAAACCCAAAAAAAACAUAUAUUAUGUACAUAUUAUAUAUUGUCCCCUUCAUGGUGGCAGCUAAUGUCCCCUGGUAUGGUGGUGCUGCUAAUCUCAUCCCCUUUCUUGUGAGUUGCUCGAAACUCUUUCCCUAGAGUCAUGCUGAAGUAUGUCCGUUGGUGAGCCUUUAUGGUGGUAGCUGAUGUCCCUUCCUAUGGUGUUGCCGAUCUCCCUUCUUGUGAGCUGAGCUGUUCAAUACUCAUUUCCCCAUGGUCAUGUUGAAGUAUCCCUGCAGUAUCUGCAUGUAUGGUGCUGAUUUACAAAUCUCUCAAAUGUUACUUCAAGUCGAUGGUCUGCCCAAAGCAUUAUCAACAAUUAGUCAUUCGCAUCCACAAAAUCUCUUCAAUCUACUUGAGCGCUGUAACUCCAUAAGAAAGCUUACACAGAUUCAUACCCAGAUACUCGUUAAUGGCUUCACCAAGAAAAAUUUCCUUCUUGUUAAGCUACUAUUUUACUACGUUUAUUCUGGUUAUCUUGAGCCUGCGCUAACUGUUUUUGAAAAUGUUGAGAAGCCAAGCACUGGUAUUUGGAACCAAAUAAUCAGAGGAUAUGGUCGAAGCGAAACCCCUGGAAAAUCAGUUGAAUUAUACAAUCGAAUGGUGGAGACUGAAGCUAAGCCAGAUGGGUAUACGUAUUCGUUUCUUCUUAAUGCAUGUGCGAAGUCGGGAUUGUUUAGAGAAGGGGAACAGGUUCACGGGAGAGUUUUCGCAAAUGGGUAUUGCUCUAAUCUCUUUGUUCAAACAAAUUUGGUGAAUUUUUAUGCGGUUGGCGGAGGAGGUAAUCGUGUUGAAUGUGCACGCCGAGCGUUCGAUGAUAUGCCUGAGAGGAAUGUUGUGAGCUGGAAUUCCUUACUUAAGGGGUAUGUUAAGUGCGGCGAUAUCGACGGAGCAAGGAGAAUUUUUAGCGAAAUGCCGGAGAGAAACGUCGUCUCUUGGACGACCAUGGUGGCGGGGUGUGCCCAAAAUGGGAAAUCUAGAGAAUCUCUGUCUCUGUUUCAACGGAUGAGGAGAGCAGAUAUGGAGUUGGACCAAGUGGCUCUAGUGUCAGCAUUAUCGGCAUGUGCUGUGUUAGGUGAUUUGGAAUUGGGAAGAUGGAUUCACUGGGGCAUUGAAGAAGCGUCGCGUGUGAAAAACCAGCCAUUCUUGGUUUCGUUGAACAAUGCUCUUAUUCACAUGUAUGCUAGUUGUGGGGUAAUUGACGAAGCAUAUGAAGUAUUCAAAAAGAUGCCAAAAAGAAAUACUGUUUCAUGGACAACCAUCAUCAGUGGGUUUGCAAAACAGGGUCGUGGGGAUGAAGCCCUCCAUGUCUUUUGGACGAUGUUAAGCUCAGGAAAGAGAGAAGAAAGACCUGACGAGAUUACUUUCAUUGGAGCUCUUUGUGCUUGCAGCCAUGGUGGACUAGUUAAUGAGGGCCGCCAUAUUUUCAAAUUCAUGACUCAAACUAUGGGAAUCAGCCCAAGGAUUGAGCAUUACGGGUGCAUGGUUGAUCUCUUGAGCCGUGCUGGCUUCCUCGAUGAAGCAAUGAGGCUUAUUGAGACUAUACCAAUGAAGCUAAAUGAUGCUAUUUGGGGUGCUCUUUUAGGUGGUUGUAGACUUCAUAAAAAUGCUGAGCUUGCAUCGAAUAUUGCUAAAAAACUAUCAGUUGAGCUCAAUUCUGACCAAGCCGCAGGCUAUCUAGUUCUUCUGUCAAAUGUGUAUGCAGCUGCUGAAAGGUGGCUAGAUGUUGCUUUUGUGAGACAAAAGAUGGUCCAGAUGGGUGUGAAAAAGCCUCCAGGUCGAAGUUGGAUUCAGAUCGAUGGCAUUAUUCAUGAUUUUGUUGCUGGUGACAUGACUCAUAGGCAUGCUUCUUCUAUCUAUAAAAUGCUUGAUGAGAUCUACAAAAUGAACUCAAGAGAUAUGCCCUUAUAUGCUGAAGAAUAUUGAGGUAUAAGAUCUUUUUGCUUGCUAACAUUAGAGCAUCCAUUGAGGUUGUACUUGACCCCAAUGGAUAGUUAUGAUGUACCAUUUUACAUAAUAUGUAAAAACCCGAACUUGCUUGAGUUGCCAUCAGCCAACAUGGUUGUUGAGGUUUUGUCCAAAAUAUUGCUCCAGUACGGAUUUACAUCCACUCGUGUUGUAUUCAUCAAUCCAAAUAACUAAGCUGAUGACAUGCUCUUCACUCUUACAUUCUUUUUUUA